UGAUAACGUGAUGACUCAUUUCAUUGAUCAGCAAUUUGUGACAAUUAUGUAAAGCUUUUAAUAUGGGUUACAAUUUUCGUUACAGAAAAAAUACUGUUAUAUUUUAUAGCAGGUAACAACGCCUGAUUUACCUAAAAUGGGCACAGAUGGUGCAAUAUGGUACACAAAUUGUGUGGAGGGUCAAGACGACGUUGGAAACCUUCCAACUUGGAUUUUGCCAUUGAUAAAGUACAAUUUAUUGAUACAAAAGCCAAACAGUGAUACCACAAUUGAACUGGAAAACGUAUUUGACCAAUAUGCUUUACAUUACAUGGUCACGUUGAAGCCGAAUCAGUUUGAACGGAGUCUGGGCAAGCACAACCUAGCGUAUGAUAAAUCAAGUCAAGGCAAUUGUAAUACUAUUCGUUUUCACUGUAACGAAGAUAUCAGCCCCGAUCAAAUUUAUGACAUCGUUGAAAAUAUUUUAAAGAGUAGAUGCCAAUACAAAAUAGAUUUUCAAUCAAAAGACGGUCAGAAUUUUUCAAGACAAAUCAAAGCCAAGCCACCACUGCAGGUUAUUGAAAGGAAAGCAGCAGUUAUUAAACAAAGCAAAAAUUUUAUUUGUGUGUCCGAGAAUGCUGACUGUAUUGACAUGCUCUUAAUUGAGAUGGGGUAUAGCGAGCGACAGGUUGUUCAAACUCAACAGUUUGCUCCAAACUUGUCUUCGCUUGGUAUUGAAGAUGCAUUUUUGCAUCCACAUAUUCAGGAAAUCAACGUUGAGCACUAUCAGAGGACAUGUACUAUUUUGUGGAGAGGACGGGCGAAGAGAAAGGGGGAAGAUAUAAUAGGCGAGUUUCUGACGAAUUUCUCAGAAACAAACAUUACAUUUGUUGAAGAAGAGUUGUCUCAGUCGUACACUAAUCUUGUUUGUAAAUUUAUUUUUGACGAAAAUGGCAAUAUCAAUCAUCAGUAUGACCAUUUCUUGAAAAGACAAAUUGACAGAAAAAGAAAAGCGAUAUGUCCCUUUUAUUCCUUGGUGCAUCAGGACGGGAGAAUUGUUCUUUAUGGGAAAGCUGGAAGCGUUGACAUUCUAAAGAAGGUAAUUCAGGAGUCAGUCUCGAAGCACAGUCUUAAAAAGACACUUUUUGAAGAAAGAGAUGUUUUGAAGUUUUUAGAAAAACACAAAGAGAAAUUCUGGUAUGAUACGAGGAGUGGAACAUUGCUUUGCACAAAAGAUCUUACGUCAGCAGUAAUAAGAAUAUGCAAAUCACGGCUAUUGAGUCAAAGAUUGGAGGUCAAAAUAGAACCCGAACUGCUUGUAACGUUUUUACAGAGAAACGGCGGAGAUUUAAUGGAGCUCGCGAAAAGACAUGGAUUUGAUAUACUAUUUGAUGGAAAAGACAUUAUUCUUGAGAGCUCUUUGAAUGAUAACUGCAAAGAAAUUCAAAGUGCCUUGCAGAAAGCAGUAGCUGAUAGAAGAAUUAUAAUACCCGUUGAUUUGCCAUUUAAUGAAACAAUUGAGCAUAUUCAAACUAUUAUGGACAAAAUCCAAUGUUCAUGGUGUUUGCAUUGCAAUAACCCAAAGGCGGUCAUAGUGAGCAAAGACCUUUGCAAGAGUUGGAUCGACCCUUUUGGGUCCACAAAGAUAUGGGUUACAGAGAUGGGUACAGACAUUCCUUGCACCGAUUUAGGCAUUGUCUUGACAGCUGACAUGAUUCGUCAUCUAGGUAUUUCGAAUUGCAACACAGUUGAGGACAGUUCAAAAACGUCCAACGAAGGUUGCAGACAAAAAGAAACCUUCUAUGGCCCAUUUCCAGUUUCUUACACUUGUGUUAGUUGUCGUGAGAUCCAUCUUACUGGCGUAAAGGUGACACAAAAUGAAAGGCUCGUGGAUACUUUUAUUAAAGAAAUAACUCUUUCAAGAGACAAGGGUUGUCGUAGUUUGUGCGUAUUUGCUACGAUCGGCGAAAGGGAAGAGGAACCGGCGUCUGGUGAAAUCAUAUCUCAGUUUGUUAAUGCUGUGCGGGAAGUUGUACAUCAGCAAAGACCAACAUUUACGCAGAACGUUUACAUCGUUGUAGAUAAAAGCCAUAUUGUUGAGGCAAAAGAGCAAGUUGAACUUUCUCUUUCACAAACCUUCAAUGUUUUUAGACAAGCAAAGUAUCAGGCAGAAAAGAAUUGUGCAGGGAGGACUAUCACAGUAACCUUGGUUGAAGAAUCAAUCACCAAAUCCGCUAGUGACGCAAUUGUGAGCACUACAAGUGGAAAUCUCGACCUCUCUAAAGGGUCAGCCAACAUUGAAAUUGUUCGGGCUGACGGACAGGAACUUCAAAACGAAUACGAAGUAUUUUACCCCAAAGGGAUUGAAAAAGGAAUAAUUGCAUUUUGCAAGACGCAUAGAUUGAGAAAGGAAAACGUCAAAUACAUUUUGCUUGGAGUCCUCGAUGACUAUUCGUUCAAAAGCUUUCAAGUGAAUGUCAAUACGUUCGUAAAGUCUUGUUUGAUCUUGGCUGAAGAACUUCAGUGCAAGUCAGUUUCACUUCCUGUGAUUGGCGUAGAAACUCUGAAAUAUCCAAGGCGCGAAACAAUCGCAUUUGUUCUGGAUGCUAUUGACGAAUACAGCCUUGAAGUGAAGGACUCAGACAUCACCAAAGUGAAUAUAGUUUGUGCUAAAAACGACAGAAAAACAAUAGAUGCCUUCAACGCAGAAAAAUGGAGAAGGUCUAAGGGAUUCAAUGUAUCUCCUGAGAAGGGACCAACUGCUUUCAAAGGACAAACACUCGUUUCUAGUAAUUUCCAUUCCACAAAAGUUACUUUAGUGUCAGCGUGCGAGUAUUCUUUGUGGCCUUCAUUUGCUGUUCAAGUAAUGUUUUCGAAAGAACUAAAAGGAAGAAAUGCACGCAAUAAGGAGUUCAAACUGAAGAAGGCAAUGGUUGACCCAGCGACAUGGAAUGAUGAAUUACAUUUCAAAACAAUAGAGUCACUGAAAAAAGAAUGCAUCAUCAAUGAGUUGAAAGGCGUUCUCAACGACGAAAGAAUCACGUUCCUAAUCUGGAAGCUUGAUAGCAAAUCGAGAAUGUCAUACAGCGAUCAGAUAGUUUUAACUGUUUCAAGUUUGGAAACUAUGCUCAAACCUAGAAAUUGCUGCCUACAGAAUGUUGUGUUAUUACUAGAGGACAGCAGUGCAAUUCAACAUCUCUAUACAAGGAUUCAUGACGACAGUACGAUUUCCUGGAAAUUGAUAUUUGAAGAGACAGCCAGUGAAAGUUUGGAAAUCAUUGGAAAGACUCCAGAAUGUGCAUUAAAGGCGAAAAAGGAGGUCUUACAAUUGAUUGCAGAAACAAAGAAUUCCAUAGAGAGUUCCCAAAAUGGCCAAAAGAGCCCAAAUGAGGUGGAGGAAUCCCAGACAAACGACACUGAAGACUACGUGAACAGCUGUUUCCAUGACUUGGCAAUUUCAUCUACAUUAAACGCAGGGAUCGUACGUUUCCUCGGAGAAGGUCUAACGCGAUGGGCGUGUGUAGUGAGGGAAACAUUCAAUGUGACACUUGACCUAUCCAACAGCGAAUCUGUUACAGUCAGUGGGGAUUUAAAAAACAUUUUGUCUUUCGAGACAUAUCUGCACACAGGAUUUCCAAAUAACCCUUUAUCUGCGUCUGACUGACUGUUGAUAUUUACUCGAUAUGAAUUCUAAUGACUUUCGACAUUUGAGUUAAGAUCAAGCCAAUAUAAGUUUACAUAGGAAUUGUAGCAAACCCAAGGUCUAGCCGAAUAACGAUAACGGACUAUACUGCCGUACGCAAUUGACAGCAAAAUCAACAAUGCUUUAUAAGUAAGCACGUUCGUAUAAGUAUACAAAAUAUUAGUUUUUUACCGAAUGAUUUGAAUUACCUGAUACCAAGAUGGGUAACGCUCGAAUAAAAACUUACAACUGUACCUGACCAGAACCAACAUAAUGCAACAGAAGCGAAAAUAAAAUAACAGACAUGAAUUUGUUCUAAAAUAUAAUACCGCUGCUUCUUUUGUUAAUGUUUAAAUGGACUUUCGCGGAAUAAACUCUUUGUAUUUCACAUAGGGGAAACUAUCCCUUAUACAUGCAUUACUGUUUAAUAAUUCUUUUUGUACUAUUGAACGCUCGUUAAAUCCACUAUAGCCAUUAUUCUGGAAACAUUGAAAGUAUACCUAGUAAGACAAUGUUACCAGACUUCAUUUGAAUUAUUAUAUCAGCAUUUCGAUAGUUUAUCAGAUUCAUUCGAAGCAAAAUGUUGCCUUCCGACGCAGCAUUUAUGACGUAAUUUAUCACGUGGAAUACACACACUGUUUAUUACAUGUCCCUUCAUAUCAACGACGUGUGUAAUGGCUAACACAUAUACAUGUAGCUACUUUAUAAACUGUCGUACAGUUGCUUCCAAAUCUUGAAUUAAAAUCCAUUGAAAUUAUUUGUUUCCAAAUAAUCACGUGUUUGUUUGUUUGAUUUGAAAGAAAAUGUUUCGUUCUUGUAUGUUUGAUCGAUUACAAUGGAUAUGCUGUAAAAGUUGUAGAAGUUGUUGUUCUUAUAAUAACAUUGUUCUUUGAUAAUACGUUAUGAAUAUUAAAGAAUACUAUUUUGUGUGAGUUUUUAUGAUAUGCCGAUUAUUAUUUUAUGAAAACAGUAUGCUUGUAUUAAUAGAAUCAUAUGUUCUGCUUUAAAAUAGUGUUAUAUAAAAUAAUAUUGACUUGUAGUAUACUAAUGUGGUUUGUGUGUUUAUUGAGAAUGAUCAGACUCAAUUUUGUUUUUCGCACUUGAUCAUUCAGAUUUAGGCUUUAUUACAUUUGAAUGUUAUUGUGAUUUUGUUCUUUUUCUACAUAACAUAUGUCACAUGCCAUUUAAUAAUACAUGUUAGAUGAUUGGAAAACAUAUUUGUAUUUCGGUUUUGUCAAUAAAAAAGAAUUAAAUAG